GUGGCGGAAUAUACAUUGAGUCACUUUCACAUGAUGCCGACAUGGCGUUUCUAAGAAGGUGAAGCGACUCGACAGGUCGCACGAGGACUGAGAUGUGUCGGCUUUAAAUUACUUCCUGAUUGUAAUUAUAUAUCGCGGCUUUGAUGAUAGGCUGAUCAUAUAAACAAAAGGCAAACAAGCCUCCAAAGUUCCUUGAAGUGUUAGUUACUAUUGCGCUGUACUGCAUAACAUCAGAAAAACAGAAAUAAAGGACAUGCGAAUCUUUGCCUGGCUAACUCAGUUGAGAAGAAUCUCUAGGAGCUAUAUUGGGCGAUACGUAUAAAGAAUAACUCCCGCUGACUUAUCUAAGGAUAAACGUAGAGCUAUGGAGACGGACACGGAGCAGAGAUGUCCAGGUGUUUCGCAACCAGUGUCAUGUUCUAGUUCCCCCUGGGCAGUCGUACUGAACCAAGACCAGUCUACUUCCGACUCCAGUGAUGACGGGGACUCUGCUACCCAGGCCGCCCAAAUAUCCACGGCUGAUGAGCACCAACAAGAUGACUGCAGCAGAAUAAAACCAGAACAUGUUGAAAAAUCGAACACCUCGAAAAGAAGGCCAAUUGGUCUCCCUGAAGAACAUGCUCCCAGAAGAGCUGGGGACCUUGAAGGCGCAGGUAGGUCUGACGAUGAAGACUUCAUGAUUGACACUUUCGAUGAUGUGGUGGAGAAACCUGAUGACCCUGAUGAUAAACCUCCAGAGGACAGGCUUGUAUCAGACCGAGUCCUGAGGCACCGCAGAUGUCAUAGGCUGCAGUGCAAUCAGUGUGGUAUGUAUAUCGAGGAGAAGUGCUUCAAGCACCAUGUGACUACAGCCCACCUGAGACAGAAGACUAACUUUCUGUGUAAAGACUGUGGAAAAGGGUUCAACUUUAAAAGCGGUUUAAUUCUUCAUAGGGCUAAACAUCACGGUGGGAAACUGCUUAAGAGGACAAUGAUAUCAGCAUCACCACGUUCUGAGUCAAAGAAGAUUAAAAAAUCAGACAAAAAUGUGAAAUUAUUCUGUGACGUUUGUGGAAAGACUUUUAAGCAUAUCACGUCCCUUUCUAUCCACUUGGAGAAACAUGCUCUGCCAGAAAUAUUUGAAUGUGGAAUUUGUAAUAAACCAUUCGUUACCAAGGUAACGUAUGAAGAGCAUAGGGAAUUCCAUGAGGGUCUUCAGGUGAACCAGUGUUAUAUAUGUGGGAAACUAUGUGGCCGAAAGAAGCACUCACAUGAAGCUCAAUAUGAAUGUGAUAAAUGCUCAAAGAUGUUCUUUGAGGCGACGCAUCUCGCCAUCCACAUGGUGACUCACGCCCAACAUGGUGGCAUCCAGUGCAGCGUCUGCAAGCUUAAGUUCCCGUGUAAAACUGACUAUGAUCAGCAUGUGAAGCAGCACACGGAAGGAGAUGAACCCAAGAGAUGUGAAAUCUGUGGUAAGAGCUUUCCAACGAAGAGCCUUCUGAAGGGCCAUGUCAGCAUGGUUCACCUAGGGAAGAAGGGUCAUCCGUGUAACAUCUGCGGUGAGGAGUUCUUCAAACUGAAGCACCUUCAGGCUCACCAUCGGGAUCACGCCGUCAAGAAGGUCAUCGCGUGUAACAUUUGUGGAGAGUCUUUUGCCUUGAGGUCGAGUUUGAGGACACAUAUGCGAGUUCACCAGAAUGAUGUCAUCUAUAAAUGUGUCGUGUGUCCAAAACAGGUUACAGAUAUGGAUGCUCUGAAGGUUCAUGUUGACGGUCAUGGAGACGAGGACAGUCUGGACUGCUGUGUGUGUGGGAUGCAGCUGGCAGACUGUGACGAGGUGAUGGCGCACAUCCGGAAACACAGGGGUGGUCAGCUGACGAUGACAGAGGAAGAGUACAAAUCCAAGAAGAGGCAUGGAUGCUCUGGAGAAUCAGAGACCGGGGAACAGAAGGAGAGAGUGUCGGUGAAAUGUACCGUCUGUCACAAGACCUUCCACUUUGUGUCCAGCCUCCAGUCACACAUGCGCAUUCACCAGACAGAUCAGCUACUGAACUGCCACAUCUGUCGUGAAGCGUGGCCUGGAGUCAAGGUGCUGAGAGAACACAUCAAGGCCCACAGAAAGGACCUGAAGAACAACCCUGAAGAUCCUCCUGACAUAGCUGACCCUUCCACAGAUGCUGGUCCCCCUAAGUCCUCCGAGGUCGGGAAGAAGAAGAGGCAUCGCUGUGACAUCUGCCUUCAGAAGUUUGUGAGCUAUUAUGGUUGUAAGACACACAGGCUUCUCCACACAGGCGAGAAGCCUUUCCGCUGUGAUGUAUGUGGUCAGAGCUAUGUCCUCGCGGGGUCACUGAAGGUGCACAUGCUGUCUCAUACUAACGAGAGGCCACAUGUCUGUGAGAUCUGCGGAAAGAGCUUCAAGCAGCCGUAUAUCCUCCGCGAGCACCAGAUGUCCCACACGGGCAAGAAGCCGUUUCUGUGUGAUCUCUGUGGCAAAAGUUUCGUGAACAAAAAGAAACUUAAGCUGCAUACUUUUGUUCAUACCCGUGAGACCCCCUUCAACUGUAAAGUUUGUGGGAGAGGCUUCAGGGCCUUUGUGACGAGACAGAAGCACAAGUGUGAAGGCCGCCCAACACCACAAGACCCUUCAGCAGAUGCUUCAGAAGUCAGAUCCAGGGAUGUGGGACUUGUGGCUGUUGCAAGACCCCACACACAGCAGGUACAGCUGCCACACGAAUAUCCGGCCUCGAUGCCUAGCUAUGGGGAUUACGCGUACACUUCAGUUCCAGGACCGGAAUACAACGUCAGUAACCUUGGUUACAAACACCAAACAGGGCAGCAUCUUUAUGGACAGGAUCCCUACCAACCAACUCAUAGAUCAAUGGCUGGGCAGAUGUUGCCCGUCUUGACCCGGGACUACAUGCCGCCAGCGUCUCGGUACAUCGAUCCGAGGAACCCCCCUCCCCCGGUGCCCACCCCAGUUCCUCAACAACCACAGCCAUCACUGAACUGGCAGGGAUCUCCCCCCGGUGCGUCAUGCACAGAAGGACUUCCGGGGGAGAGGGGGCAUAGUCAUGACAACCAGCAGUAUCCGGUUGGAGCGACCAGGAUCGACUUAGGAUGGAAAGUGUCUGACAGAGAUGGGUGAAACAUGCCGGUCUCGUGAAUUGAAACACUUGCUGAAGGUGAUAUCCUAUUGCAGGUGCUGCAUGUCCCAACCGUCGACGAGCCUUUAACCAAUCUAGGUCUCGACGAUGAUUUCAUUUAAUCUGGGAAGGGCUGCCAAUUGGUCCCGGUCUAGUCAAAACUGAAUGCAUAUUUUUCAGUGGAUAAAUAUAUUCGUCGUUGCCUAGGACACUAAUAUUUCAACUCAGACUCUCCGCUGAUAAUAAAUAAGAAGUGAGAUUGUU